AGCGACUACGGCGCAUACACCGAAACGAACGCCUGUUAUAUUACCGUUUUCUGCCCUUCAAAUGACACUAUUUCUGUGGUAAUCGCAGCGUGUGGUUCGUUUUUCACUUGUUCAGAAAGCACCAUGAGUAAAAUUGGAAUUAACGGAUUUGGCCGUAUUGGCCGUCUUGUGCUGAGAGCUUCCAUCGAACGCGGGGCUCAGGUUGUGGCCAUUAACGAUCCGUUCAUUGGUCUGGACUACAUGGUGUACAUGUUCAAAUAUGACUCCACCCAUGGUAAAUUCAAGGGAGAAAUCAAAGCUGAAGGUGGUUGCUUAGUUGUUAACGGCAAUAAAAUUGCCGUAUACAGUGAACGCGAACCAAAAGCCAUUCCAUGGGGAAAAGCUGGUGCUGAAUAUGUUGUUGAGUCCACUGGUGUCUUCACGACCAUAGACAAAGCUUCGGCUCACUUGGAAGGUGGUGCCAAGAAGGUCAUCAUUUCUGCACCAUCAGCUGAUGCACCUAUGUUUGUUGUUGGUGUUAACUUGGAAGCUUAUGACCCAUCUGCCAAGGUCAUUUCCAAUGCCUCUUGCACCACCAACUGUUUGGCUCCUCUUGCUAAGGUCAUUCAUGACAACUUCGAAAUUGUUGAAGGUCUUAUGACUACUGUCCAUGCUAUCACUGCUACCCAAAAAACUGUUGAUGGACCAUCUGGCAAGUUGUGGCGAGAUGGACGUGGUGCUGCACAAAAUAUUAUUCCCGCUGCAACUGGUGCAGCUAAAGCUGUUGGCAAAGUCAUUCCAGCCUUGAACGGAAAGCUGACCGGUAUGGCUUUCCGUGUACCAGUGCACAAUGUGUCCGUUGUUGAUUUAACAGUCAGACUCGCCAAACCCGCCUCCUACGACGCCAUCAAGGCUAAGGUCAAGGAGGCCGCCGAAGGUCCCAUGAAGGGUAUCCUUGGUUACACAGAAGAUGAAGUAGUUUCAUCUGACUUCAUUGGUGAUAACCACUCCAGUAUUUUCGAUGCUAAAGCUGGUAUUUCGUUGAACGAUAACUUCGUUAAACUUAUUUCGUGGUACGACAACGAAUACGGUUACUCCAACCGUGUAGUCGACUUGAUCAAGUACAUUCAAACGAAAGAUAACUAAGUCGAUUUUCGUAUGCCCACAUCUGUAAUACUUUCAAAAGUGUUUCUGUAUGAUUUGUAUCAUGCGAGCAUAUCGUUGUUGUAUGAAUAAUACAGAUUAAAUGACGUUAUGACUAGCCAUUAGCGUUUUCAAGCAGAAAUUGAAAAUGUAAAACAAAACGGUAUUUUAGCAUACAUUUCUUUUUACACAAGAAAUACAAUUUAACCAUCAAAAUCAAGCACACAAUAAAAUUGACUUUGAAGUCGAAAAUAUUGGGUAAUUCGAAUUUCCGAUUAGUAUUUGCGGACCCAUCCACCAAUAACAUAAAGAUAUAAAUGCACAUAUAAUAUGCAUGCAUGAAAAGUAUAGAGAUCAGUAUGUAACUUGAGUUAUUGUAUUCUUGUGCCGUAUUACUUAGAUAAUGUAUGUUAAUUUUGAACGAUUUUUAUCAGUCAUUCAUUCAACAUUCGCAAGAAGGAUAUCAAAUUAUUUACGAUUUCUUUCUGUAACAUUAAUAUCUAUCAUUCAUUGACACCAAUAAAAAUUGUUAUGAAACUAA